CUUUUUUUUUUUUUCUUUUCUAUUUAAAUUUGGCUGCUCGAAAAUUACGUGAGGAGGAAGACGGGGGCGGGCAUGGAUGCCCUCUUGGGCCAAUGACUGAAGCGGAACAUGAAAUUGGGAUUGAGACAGCAGAUCCCCGGUCUUGGUGGAGCCGUGGAAAUUGUGGAAUUGGAAGUCAAUAUAUUAUUUCCCUGCAUUCAACACCUACCUUUUUUCUUUUCUUUUCUUUAUCAUUAUUCUUUGCUCAGCCCUUUCCGAUCUACCUUCAUAACAAAUUGUUUCCUAUAAACGAAUCCUAGGAUGGAAUCAAAGCGAAAAUAGCAGUAACCAUUUGAAGGAACACUUUAACUAGCUGAAAGUUCUUGUAAAAUGGGUUCUAGCUGCUAGUUCAAUCAGAAACUGCAUUCAUUUCAGGAAUUUCCAUAUUUUUUUCUUAGGAGUUUUCAUCAGAUUCGAGAGACCCAUUUCCGGAAACACUGAUUUGGGAACUGAGUUGUGGUUGUUGUCACCAUAAACAGCUCAGGAAAUUAAUUAACACUGUGAUGGUGGAGGAAGAAAGCCUCAAUGCCUCUGGUGAAGAUGAGGAGGAAGAAGAUGAACCCAGAGGAGGAGGGUUCUUUUGUGACUGCGUCUGCGCACCAAUCCACUGGUUCAAAAUGCUUGCCAUGGAAACGCAUUGGAGUUUUGUAUUUGGGGUUGUGGUUGUGUAUGGAAUAAGUCAGGGAUUGGGGGGAGCAAUUGGGCGUGUGGGCACACAGUAUUACAUGAAGGAUGUUCAGAAAGUGCAGCCUUCCGAUGCUCAGGUGUAUGCUGGAGUAACUUCAAUUCCAUGGAUUGUCAAGCCUAUCUGGGGUCUCCUCACCGAUGUUCUCCCAAUUCUUGGCUAUCGCAGACGGCCUUAUUUUAUUUUAUCAGGUUUUCUUGUCUCAAUCUCCAUGCUCUUGCUAUCAGUGCAGAAAAAGCUGCACAUUGCAUUUGCCUUGUUGGCUUUAACAGCAGGCAGUGCUGGUGUCGCAAUAGCAGAUGUGACCAUCGAUGCAUGUGUAGCACAGAACAGCAAUACUCAUCCUCCCCUUGCAGCUGACAUGCAAAGCUUGUGUGCCCUCAGCUCCUCCAUUGGAGCAUUAGUGGGAUUCUCUGUUAGUGGUAUUUUUGUUCACCUAAUUGGCCCUAAGGGUGUAUUUGGCUUGCUGACAGUCCCAGCUGGACUAGUUCUACUAGUUGGAAUUGUGCUUAAUGAACCCCUCAUGCCCAACUUUGCUUAUAAAGAGGUAAACCAGAAGUUUCUUGAUGCCGGCAAGGCUAUGUGGACAACAUUGAAAUGCCCAGAUAUGUGGAGGCCAUGUUUAUACAUGUACUUGUGCCUUGCACUGAGCUUGAAUAUCCAUGAAGGGAUGUUUUACUGGUUUACGGAUUCAAAGGAAGGCCCAUCUUUCUCCCAGGAGAGUGUUGGUUACAUAUUCUCAAUUGGAUCUGUUGGGUCUCUAUUGGGGGCAAUACUAUACCAAUACAUUUUGAAGGAUCACCCUUUCCGAGACUUGCUGUUCUGGACUCAAUUGCUUUUUGGUUUAUCAGGAAUGCUAGAUUUGGUCCUCGUGUUGCGAUUGAAUUUGAAUAUUGGCAUACCGGAUUAUUUUUUUGUUGUGGCUGAUGCAUGUGUAUCCCAAAUGAUUGGACGGCUCAAAUGGAUGCCUCUUCUUGUUCUCAGCUCCAAGCUUUGUCCCCCUGGCAUCGAAGGAACUUUCUUUGCCCUGCUCAUGUCAAUUGAUAAUGUUGGACUACUCUCAUCAUCGUGGUUAGGAGGUUUCCUACUCCAUAUCUUGAGGGUUACUAGGACACAAUUUGAUAAUCUCUGGCUGGCCAUUUUGAUUCGUAACAUAUUGAGGGUCAUUCCACUGGGCCUCCUAUUUUUGGUGCCCAGAAGUGAUCCCAAAUCUUCGCUUUUUCCAAAUGAAAUCUCAAGCACAAAUGAGGAAACUGAACCUAUGGAAUCUGCAAAUAUUGAACUUGUCUCCCUCGUUAACAAUGUCGAUGGUAGAUAGCAUAAAAAGGCAUCACUUGCAUCAAACUCAUUUAGAGUUCUGAGUUCCACGCACACAAGGAUACAAGCAACAAAACUGGAACCACAUGAAGACGAGGCGGGCGGAUCCAGACUAGCGAAGUUGUGCAUACUGGCCUCAUGUAUUAUUGCUCAUUGCAACUCAUCUCACACGUUUUCACCCUUGAUCUGCAUUGUUUUUUUUUCUUUUUUUUUUCUUUUUUAAGAUUUUUGUUGAAGAUGUUACCAGUUAGGUAUGUGAAAACCCAAAAAAAGUUUUGAAUAAUUUUUUUCCCUGCUCCUUUUUGAAA